GUGCUGGCAGCGGGGAGGCGGCGGCGCCCAGCUCCCGGCCCGCCAUGGCGAUCCGCAAGAAGAGCAACAAGAACCCGCCGGUGCUGAGCCACGAGUUCAUCGUGCAGAACCAUGCGGACAUCGUGUCCUGCAUGGCCAUGAUCUUUCUGCUGGGGCUCAUGUUCGAGAUUACAGCAAAAGCAGCUGUCAUUUUUGUUACACUUCAGUAUAAUGUUACCAUUCCUGCCACAGGUAUGUAUCUUGCAGGAGAAACAAUCUCCCUCUAUUACUAUGGCAUCAAAGACUUGGCUACAAUUUUCUUUUACAUGCUUGUAGCAAUAAUCAUACACGCUAUAAUUCAGGAGUAUGUACUGGAUAAAAUUAACAGGAAAAUGCACUUUUCAAAAACAAAGCAUAGCAAGUUCAAUGAGUCUGGGCAACUCAGUGCAUUCUACCUUUUCUCCUGUGUUUGGGGAACAAGUAUUCUUGUCUCUGAGAACUAUAUAUCAGAUCCGACCUCUCUGUGGAGGGACUAUCCGCACACUCUGAUUCCGUUUCAAAUGAAGUUUUUCUACAUCUUACAGUUGGCAUACUGGUUUCAUGCUUUUCCAGAACUGUACUUUCAGAAAACUAAAAAAGAGGAUAUCUUUCGCCAGAUUGUGUACAUUGGACUUUACCUGUUUCAUAUUGCUGGAGCUUAUCUCCUGAAUCUGACCCAUCUUGGACUUGUUCUUCUGGUAUUGCAUUACUUCGUUGAAUUUCUUUUCCACAUAUCCCGUCUUUUCUACUUCAGUGAUGAAAAAUACCAGAAAGGAUUUUCACUGUGGGCAGUUCUUUUUGUUUUGGGAAGGCUUCUCACCUUGAUUCUCUCAGUCCUCACUUUUGGCUUUGGACUGGCAAGAGCAGAAGAUCAGCAGCUGAAUUUCAGUACUGGGAACUUCAAUAUCCUGGCUGUUAGAAUCAGUGUGCUGGCCUCCAUCUGCAUGACUCAAGCAUUUAUGAUGUGGAAGUUCAUUAAUUUCCAGCUUCGAAGGUGGAGAGAGCAUUCUUCUUCUCAGCCUCAGUCAGUGAAAAAGAAGUUUGUAUCAGCUAAAGGAAAGACCUCCAGAAAAGAAAGAGAAAAUGGAAUAAAUGGAACAGUGACCUCAAACGGAGCAGACUCGCCUCGCAGCAGGAAGGAUAAAUCCUCGUAAAACUGGGUUUUAUUAAGUUAAUUGACUAAUGUCCCCAAAGAAUCUGCUUUUUACAUGGAUGGCCCUUCAGCACUAGAGAUAUUAUGGAUUAAAGAAAGUACAAUUCAUGUUUUUUGAUUAUUGCUGUUGUUUUGAGAAACUUUUUUUAAAAAACCAUUUUGACUAAGGGAAAAGGUUUAUCUCUCUUCAAACACUUGGGGGGAGGAUUCAACACUUUUUAAAAAACAUUGACGCUUUUUUAAAUAUUUACUGUGAUGAAAUAACUUACUUAAUGAGGAUCACUGUUGCAGUGUAUUAUCUCCUUCCAGUUUUUGUAAUCUUGGUGAUACUGUUCAACUUCACUUUUUCCAGGUUCCUCAAGAAGUAUUGCAAAAUUGAAGUAAAAACAUAGUAUGCAUUUUUAGAUACUCUGGGUUUACAGUUAAUUACCUUGACUCAAAUUUACAUUUCAAUUUGGGAUUCCAAGACCACACCAAUAGACCUCUUUAUUUGGUAGUUACUAGCUGCACAAUGUCUGCUCUUAAGAAUUGCCCCAUAUCAUUAAAACAAAACUGAACUAAUUGGAAAUGUUGCAGAGUCUUAUUGUUUAUUGGUUAGAAAUCUCUUACAAAGAACACAACAACUUUCUGUGAUAUAGCUUUUAGCACCUGAAAAUUAGAAGGGAGCGUGUAUGGUCACAGAAAGAGUUGAUUUGAGUAGCACUGUCCACUUCUGUCUGUGCUUUUGAAGUGUACUUAUCUUGGAGAAUUAGUGUGCAUUGGACCUUCUCUGAAAACUUGUCUGCCUGAUUUUACGGGUGGAGGUUAUUGCACUGUGUUGUGUUUGCUUUGGGAGGCAAUUAAUGCCCCAUGAAGAGGGAAUUAGAUAAGUGGAUCAAGUGAGAAACAUUCCUUUAUUCUAACUGCUUUGCUUUGUUUCACCUCUCUUAGGAAAUAGUUUGAUUUGUCCUAUAUAUAUUUUUAUGAAAAAAAUAUUUAAAAGCUACAGCUUCUUAAAACUGAUUUAUUGUGAUCUCUGCUACAACUGGAAAAAUCUAAAUUUAGAAUUUUUUCAUUAUCUUUCAUAAUUGUAUUCAGUAUGAAACUUUGUCCAGUUAGUUUUCCAGUUUAAUAUGCAGAUAAUGUUUCCUCUGUACACUUUUGUAAUGGGUACAAUUCAACCUGUUUCACUUGAGAAUGAGUGAGACACUUAUUGCAGUCUUAAGAUGAAGUUGCUGAAUUAGUCUAUCAAGUUAACCCAAGUAUUGAACUGCUUAUUGAUUAAGGAAUAAUUAUGAGCAAUCAAGCUGAUAAAUAAAAUAAUUUUAAUUAAAAACUGUUAUUAUAAUUGAGUUUAUACCAAACAAAGUGAUAAAUCUGCAUUCUGUAUUUUCUACAGUUCAAUUGCUUACUACUCAGAAUAAAUGUUUCUAGUACAAAAUCCUCACUACAAGUAGGUAUCCAUUCUUCAGUUCUUUAGUGCUAUUUAGAGUUAUUACUAAGAGUUAUUUAGAGAUCAUUUAUUACAUGUUUCAGCUGAUUACAAUCACAGUUCCCAAGUAUUUGGUUCACAGCUUCUGAAGUGGACUUGGCAGACUUGUACUUGCUUAGCUUGAGAGCUCUGGGGCAGUGUGCCCUGUAAAAUACUCAGUUUUUUUUCAGUAGAAGAAGGUAUCCCAUGUCUUGAUUGGAAGGGGUAGAACUGUGAAUCUGUCCAAUCUGACCAUGAAACUGGAAAACUGGAACUCGGAAAUUUUGAGAGAAUCAUGUACAUUAUAUAUUUGUUGUUCAAAAUGA